AUGGAGGAUGAAAGCAAGAACCUGAUGAUCAAUAAUCCCUUUUUUCUACUCUUAUCUUCAGUAAGCUAUUCUUAUUUCUUGGCCACAUACAUACCAAAAGGCCUAGCCAGGGUCAUAUUUCUCCUCCCCACAUUUUACCUAUUGUCCAUCUUUCCUUGGUAUUUCUCAUCAAGUGUUCUUAGAGGGGUUUUAUCUUUCUUUGUAACAUGGAUAACUUCUUUCAAGCUUCUCCUUUUUGGCUUCAACAAAGGGCCUCUCUUUGCUUGCAAAAACUACUUGGAUUUUGUCGCAAUUGCCAUCUUUCCUCUCAAGAUCAAGGAAAAUGAACCACCUUUAAAUCUUUCACAAAGUUUUAAAACCCUAUCAUCAAUCAUGGGAAGGUAUGAGCUAGUGAGAAUAUUCAACAAGCCAUAUUUAGCCACAUCUUUACAAGACUUUUGGGGUAGAAGGUGGAACCGGUUGUCUUCAAAUAUUUUGAGGCAAACAAUAUAUGAACCGACCCAAAAUGCUUUGGUGGGUGUCGUUGGAGCUGGCAAAGCUAGGGUAUUGGCCUUGAUUACUACCCUUGUGAUUUCAGGCAUCAUGCACGAACUUAUGUUCUACUACAUCUCUUGUGGGAUGAGACCUACAUGGGAGGUCACUUGGUUCUUUGUGCUGCAAGGAAUUUCCAUGGUUUUCGAGGGUGCCUUGAAGUAUUUGGCUCGGGUUAAGGGUUGGACACCGGUUCACCCGGCUGUUUCGAAUGUUUUGACACUUGGGUUUGUGUCGCUCACUUUUUAUUGGUUUUUUGUUCCGCCCGUUUGGAGGAGUGGACGAAACGAAUGUGGCUUCAGGCCAAGAGUUUGA